AUGGCGUCCAUCGGGCAGGCGUUCAGAUCUCUGAUUCGAACACGCACUAUCAGCACCCGAUUGUACUUCACGACGAGCAAGCAAAACAAAAAAGCAUCGCUGUACGCGAGAAUCAGCCCCCUGGGGAACCCUGGCGUGAACGUAACUCUAGAGCUCGACAAAUGGGUCGAAUCAGGCAACAAAGUCGGGUUUUCGGAGCUUCAACGUAUAGUUUUCGACUUUCGCAAACGCAGACGGUACACUCACGCCUUGCAGGUUUCUGAGUGGAUGAGAAAUAGAGAUACAUUCGAGUUCACCACUAUUCAUCACGCAAUCCAAUUAGAUCUUAUCGGUGUAGUUCACGGCAUUACACAAGCAGAAAACUACUUCAACAGCUUGAGCGAGCAAUUCAAGAAUGAGAAAGUAUACGGUGCUCUUUUACAUUGUUACGCUCGUAAACGCCAAAUUGAAAAGGCUCAAUCACAUCUUAACACCAUGAUAGAAAAAGAUAUUGUUCUAUCUUCACCAGCUUUCAACGACAUCAUGGGCAUUUACUUAAACACUUCUGAAAAUGAGAAGGUCCCGGGAUUUCUAAAACAGAUGAAAGACAGUGGCAUCCAGCCCAAUAAUCUCAGUUACCGGCUCUGCAUUAAUUCGUAUGGCGUGAGAUCUGAUAUUGAAGGAAUGGAAAACAUUCUUGAUGAGAUGGAAAGUGAUUCCAGCAUUGUUAUGGACUGGAAAACAUAUGCAGCCGUUGCGAAUUUCUAUAUCAAGGCAAGCCUCACGAGCAAGGCGAAUGUAGUCCUUAAAAAAGCUGAGGGCCGACUGGGUUCUAAAGAUGGGGUAGCGUACAACAGUCUUAUCUCGCUGCACGCUCGACUGGGGAACAAGGAUGAUGUGUUGAGGCUUUGGUGUCUCGAGAAGAAAGCUUGUAAGAGGUACCUUAACCAUGAUUACACAAACAUGUUGGAAUCUUUAGUGAAGCUCGGUGAAUUUGAUGAAGCAGAGAAUGUACUCAGCUGUUGGGGGUCGUCUGGCAAUCAAAUUGAUCUCCGAGUGCCGAAAGUACUCGUCUUUGGAUAUACAGAGAAGGGUUUAUGUGAAAAGGCUGAGAUGUUGCUUAACCACUUGGUGAAGACGGGCAAGGGGACGUUACCAGAUAUGUGGGGCCGAGUGGUGGAGGGGUACCUAGAGAAGGGUGAGGUGGAUAAUGCUGUCAACACUCUGAAAGUGGCACGUUCUGUGCAUGAUGCGAGUGAUUAUAGUAAACUUGAAAAGAUGAUUUCCGAUUACAAAGAGAGGAACAAAUGA